CGCAAAAGUUCCCCGAAACGAUUUCUGACAUUGUCAACAAUCUUUACCAAAUUUUUGAAGCGUGUAGGGCAACUGCAUUCACUCCGACACAAAAAUAAAAUUUGUGUCGAACAAGUGUGUUGCUUCUUCUCGAGAGUAUGUCGAAUUCAGCUUGAACCUGAGAAUUUGGACGUCAUGUUCAAGAUGGGUAUGCAGUAUUUACGAAACAACAGCGAGGAUCCGGCAUUUGCAAUGUUCGGAAAGGCGCUAAGCUACCAAUCGUCCCAUCAGCAAAGUAUUCUUGCAGCCGGGUCAAUUAUGCAAGCACAUGGGGAUCAUGAUGUGGCAUUGAAUAAAUACAGGGUUGCGGUUGAAGGCUGUGACUACAAUGGUUGUCUUUGGAACAAUAUCGGCAUUUGCUUGUUCGCUAAAGGGCGUCUUGCCCAAGCUCACAGUUGUCUCAAGAAGGCCUCCUUUAUUUGUCCACUCGACUACAAAAUUAACUACAACCUCGGCCUUGUUCACCAGGCCAUGGGCCUACACUGCUCGGCAUUGCAUUUCCUGAAAGCAGCAGCUGAACUGAAACGGGACAAUGCUCAAAUCAUUGGUGCUAUGGCAGUUGUACUUUCGAAUAUGAAUGACAUCAACAACGCUAGACGUGCCUAUGAGAAAUCUAUAUCAAUGGAACCAAAGGCUGAAGUGGUGAGCUUUCUUAUAGAAAUUGUGAAAUAUAAAAAUGUGAAUUUAAUACUAGUUCUAAUGCGCAGCGGAUGUCUCGAGGAAGAGGUGGCAAGGCGUAUGCAAGAAGGACUUCGCCAAAACUAA